CAGGCAAUUUAGGAAGGAGGUUUCUACCUGCCUGCAUAUCUAUAUAUAUAUUAUCGUUGGGAUACAAGCAUAGAGUAUAGUCUGUACUCUGUGGAUACAGAGUAUAUGGUAGCCUGUACUCUGUAGAUACAACAUAGAGUAGUCUGUACUAUGUGGAUACAGGGGUGUCCUUGGCACAUCGAUUGGGGAAAAACCAAGUACCACCCGAGAGGUCCAUUUCCGUGGGAGAAGAAAGAGGACCCUCUUGAGGACGUUUUAAACACUUUAGAGGACCAUACGGAGGACAUUGCAGAUCUAAAGGACCUCGUAGAUAAGCAAAAAGACUUGAUUGCUGACCUAGAAAAAAGACUUGAACAACUAGAGACUAAAACUGAAGAACAAGCCAGUUUGAUUGACAAUCAGAAGAAAGACCUGGAUGCAGUUCAAAUAUAUAAUAAAGAACGAAAAGAGGAUUUAGAGAACACAUUUAAACAGUUUUCUCAGAGAGAACUAGAUCAAGAGAAGAAUAUACUUAACCUCAAGGAUAUUUUAAACAGUAUUGUGACGGAUAUUGGACAGCUGAGAAUUGGAUUAGAAUCUGCAAAGAUUAAAAGCGAAGAAGACAAUUCAGAAAUAGUGAUAAGACUAGGAAGUAUAAGAAGAGAGGUGGAAGAGCUAAAAGAAAAGACCUGGGAAUUGGACACCAAUACUAGAAAUAAUCUGGUGUUCUAUGGUAUCCGAGAGGAUGCGGGUGGUGGUAAUCUAGAAUUCUGUGUUAAGGAGGUGAUUCGUAAGCUAAUGCAAAUAUCGAGGGAUAUGCCGCUUGUAAAAGUUGUGAAGAACACAGACCAAGAUGUUAAAGGAACAAAACCAAUUACAGCGCAAUUUGAAAAAUAUCAGGAUAAAGUUGCAGUAAUGCAGAAAGCCAAGCUGUUGAAAGGAACAGGGAUACUGCUUAGUGAAGAUUUUCCUAAACGAAUUAAAGAAAAGAGAUCACAGCUUCUCAAAUUUGCAAAGGAGGUGAAGAAAAGACGACCUGACACACGACUGUGCUUGCAGUACGAUAAGCUGUACGUCAACAACACUGCGUACUUGUACAACGAGGAAACAGAAGAAAUAGAAAUGCUUCCAAAUGACAUAGAAACAGAUUCACCGAGUCCUGCCAAGAACCCGAACACAAUAAAGAAAAAGAUCAGUCCGUAUGCUUCAAGUGUUAGCCAACGAAAAUCUAAGAUAACUAAAUCCAUAUCCCAGGACGGUGAUUUGUAUCUUCUCUCCUCUCCUUCCAAACAAUUUACCGGAUUUCUAGAAAGAAGAGAUGCUCACAGAUAGAGCCACAAUUAAGAGUUCUAAUAGAAGAUGAGCGCAAAACGCCCUAAAAGCUUAGUAAUUUAUAAACAACAGAGAAGUCUGGGAAGAAAUUAUCAACAGUGGAGCACUACACGGGAGAACCCCAUGGCCACCUCAUCGGAGACACCCAGACUUGUAUUGGAGACCCCAAACAUGUAUGAGUUUCAAACCAUAAUCUUGGGGUCUUUGAUGUAAAUCUCGGGGACACCAAUGAUAAUCUUGGGCUUAUCCUAUGAAAAGCAUUGGGUCUCCGGUGAGAAGCUUGGGUCUCUGAUUGAUGAUGAUUUCUUCCCAGACUGAAUAUUUCGCAGAUUUUCCCAUUUUCUUCGGUGGAUUUUCAAAAAUAAAUA